UAACGGCUUCUUUCCCAAGAGCACAAAUAAUAACAGUCUAGAGAGACAGAGACAAACAAGAGAAAAUGUCGUGGUGUGUUCUAAAACCCUUUAAUGCCUCGUUGAUCAACGUCGGUGCAGUGCGCAACCGAAUCCCAUUUGCUAUCGGCGGCAUUGGUUGCGCCUCCGUCGUCGCAACGGGUUUUUGGCGGCAGUGUUGUUCCAAUCGACUAACCACCCCUCCUUUCGCUUCCUUGAACACUUGCACUUUCCCUCCUCAAAAGGAGGCUGUUAAAACAGACAAGGCUCCGGCAGCAUUGGGGCCAUAUUCUCAAGCAAUUAAAUCCAAUAACCUUGUAUUUGUUUCUGGUGUCUUAGGUCUCAUUCCAGAGACUGGGAAGUUUGUCUCACAGGAUGUUGAGGAUCAGACAGAACAGGUACUUAAGAAUAUGGGGGAGAUACUGAAAGCUAGUGGUAGCGACUAUUCCUUAGUAGUAAAGACAACAAUAAUGUUGGCUGACUUGAAAGACUUCAAGAAAGUGAAUGAUAUCUAUGCAAACUACUUCCCUGCACCAUUUCCUGCUCGCUCAACUUAUCAGGUAGCUGCGUUGCCUCUGGAUGCCAAAAUUGAAAUCGAGUGCAUCGCUGAACUUCCCCAAAAAGUGGAGCCUCAGCCACUUUCGCACACAUGACCUAGCCAUCCACAGGAGCUCAAGGCUGUUUUCAGAAAGUGCUCAAAGUAAUAAAGUGGGAUGACAAUAGCGAUUUACUUACCCUUGGAUGUAUCUCCCAAUAUUAGCAAGUACAUGCUUGAGAACAUGGGGCAAGUGAUAGGGGUUCUAGACAUCGAGGAAUUUACACUUUCAACAAGUGCCAUUAUUCGAUGAAUGUGUAGUGGGGUUCUAGACAGACUUUUUGAGCCUUGCAAUUUGCAACCUUUAUGUUAACCUUGCGUCUGACGCAGCGCAUAUUCCUCUCUCUA